CGUCAGAAGAAACAACAAGCACUCUUCGGCGGUGUGUUUUCAGACGCUCCUCCUCCACUGUUCAAAUCCGGUUACUCUGUUUCUGAGAGGUCAGGAAUGUCUGCCUUGGAGAAGAGCUCAUGGGAGUUGAUAUGCUCCUGCUGGAUUCUCAGGUCUCUCUCAUAAACAGUGACAUUUCCGCCAUACUGAAUCCAUAUUACAAAGUUAAUGUUUUUUUAAAAAAAAGUUUUUGUUAAACAUUUUUUACUAAGACAUUUUGCUAAGUUUGAUGAAUUUGUGUCUAUUUCGUAUUUUCAUAUUCUCUACAUAGAACUGCUUCAUUCAUAGAGAAGAGGAAUCAUAUAUGCCAGCCACAAAUGCAGUGCAAUUCAUAACAUAGAGAAGAGGAAUCAUAUAUACAUUUUUCAGUAGUAAUCAGUGGAACAGAUUGCUUAUGAUCUUUUUGACUGCGUUUUCAAGGGAAGACACCCACGUGCCCAGGUGUAUGGAUACAGAAUGUCACCAUGGGCAGAGCAUUUAGGACAAACAGGAGAUGAGUGUGGAACAUGGAGGCAAAUCUCAAUUACAUAAGGAUGCUCUCUGUUUCUUAUUUUUUCUCAGGUAAUAAAGAAGCUGUAAUAUAAUUCUAGAUGGAUGUAAUUAGAGGUUUCCUUUCGGAUUUAUUAAACCGAAAAAAGAAGAUUCAAUAUCAUUUUGAGUUCU